AUGAGUGAACAGAGUGCCAUGUGGCCAGAUAGACAUGCUAAAGUGGGAAAUGUGUUAAAUCCUAAACUACAAGAGAAGAAAGAAGGUUUGGAAGAGGCCAUUGCUAAGUUAGCAAAUCAUCAAUUGCAAUACCAAGAACGCAAUGAUGCCUCGUUGAAAAAUUUGGAAAGGCAGGUGGGCCAGAUUGCAAAACUUCUCUCUGAGAGGCCUCAAGGGGCUCUACCCAGUGACACUGAAACAAAUCCCAGAGAGAAUGCAAAGGCCAUUAUUACCAGGAGUGGGAUUCAAUUGCCUAAACCCACGGUAGUACAGCGAAAGGCUCGAGCUGACAAAGAACCAAUCGUUGAAAAUGAGGUGAUGCAAGCGCCUAAAGAGGUUGUUGAAGAAGGUAAGACUGAUGAACAGGAGCCAUUAACAUCAAAGACUCCAAUUCCAGUCAAAGCCUAUGUACCUUCUAUUCCUUUUCCUCAAAGGCUCCAGAAGCAUAAAUUGGAUAUUCAAUUUGGUAAGUUUUUGGAGGUGUUUAAAAAGCUACACAUUAACAUUCCGUUUGCAGAUGCUCUGGCUCAAAUGCCGAGUUAUACAAAGUUCAUGAAAGAUAUCCUUUCUAACAAAAGGAAACUUGUAGAGCAUGAAACGGUGAUGUUGAUGGAAGAGUGUAGCGCCAUUCUCCAGAACAAAUUGCCUCCUAAAAUCAAAGAUCCAGGGAGCUUUACUAUUCCAUGUGCUAUUGGGGAUCUUAAUUUUGCUAAAGCUUUGUGUGAUCUCGGAGCGAGCAUUAACUUAAUGCCCUUGUCUAUUUUUGAAAAGUUGGGAAUGGGAGAAGCAAAGGCUACUACGGUAUCAUUGCAAUUGGCCGAUCGGUCAAUUAAAUAUCCUCGAGGUGUGGUUGAGGAUGUCUUGGCAAGAGUGGAUAAGUUCAUCUUCUCUGCUGAUUUCAUUAUACUUGACAUGGAAGAAGAUAAUCAUUCCUUAUCAUUCUGGGACGACCAUUUCUUGCCAUCGGUGGAUAUGAUUGAUCAUUUGGUUGCUGACUCUCUUUAUGGGAGUUCUGACGACACUCUUGAGAGAUGCCUAGUAAGUUCUUCUGAUAUAAGUGAUGGUGACCCCGAUUUUGAAGGUAUGACAAAGUACUUGGAAGCUACACCUUUCCACACCUUCAAGAGGCUACCAUAUUAUAAGGAGUUGGAAAAGACAUCUUCAAUACCUCUUCCAUCCUAUCAAAAAGCCCCUACGCUUGAUUUGAAAACACUUCCACCUCAUUUGAGGUACCCCUAUUUAGGAGAAUCAUCCACACUUCCAGUGAUCAUCUCCAAUUCCUUAACUGAUCUAGAAGUAGAGAAGCUACUUUGA